AUGUAUCCUGAGGUGCCUAUUGCUCUGAGAAUGUCGGGACAUCUUCUACUUGGGGUUGCUCGUAUAUAUUCAAAGCAAGUUGACUAUCUUUAUGAAGAUUGCCAUGUUGUACAGAUAACAAUAAACAAGGCCUUUACAUCCGUGAACGUCAAUCUACCCGACGAUGCAAAUCAUGCACCAUUUCACUCUGUCACUUUACCAGAAAAAUUUGAGCUUGAUGCCAUGGAAUUAGACAAUUAUUCAUGGUGUGAGAAUGAUCAUCUUAAGAGCUACGAUGAUAUUACUUUGACAGAGCAAAUUCCGACUGGGAAAGAUCCAUAUAUUGUCAUCACUUUUGAUGAGGAUUUUCCAAGGGAUACAAUAGGGACCAUGCCAAUUGAGGAAGAUAUUCCACAUCCGGUUCAAGAGAACAUAAUUCCUGGUUUCAAAGACCAGUCUCUGAGCAAACAGCAACUGCUUGAUGAAGGAAUUGCUGAAGAGAGCAGUCCUCCAGAUUUGCCAAGUCAUGAAAUGAUGCGGGAUGCUAAUUAUGGUUCUGAUUUCAAUGAUAAUCCGACAUUGUCUGAUCGAGCUGACCCAGACCCAGAGAUUUUGAAAGAAAUCGAAAAAGAUAUAGAAACUCAUACUCCAUAUGUAGAAAAGCCGGAAGUACAUUCUACAUCUCAGAAGCAUCAAGAAUCACAUUCAUAUAAUCAUUCAGAUCCUCUGAUGCCUUUUGUCCACCAUUCGCCUGAAGAAGAAAUUCGAGCAACCCCACCUGUUGCACAACCAAAAGUCAGAAAGAGGAAAAGAAAGCAGCCCUUUGACAAGUCUACUGUGUUGAGCAAUGGGUAUAUGAGAAACUCGCUAAAUGACACCAGCGAUAUUCGUCGUGUGAACAAGAACUGUCCUUGCUCUUCUCUGGACAUCUGGAAAUUAAACAACAGAAUAAGAAAGGAUGGUGCCCUUUUUGAGCCCUUGAUAACCGGAGUAUGUGCUGAACUAAGUGAUACCUUUAAGGAAGAGUUUAUUUCUGCAAAGCCUCAUUUGGUUGCCAUGCAAGAAGCUCAUGUAGAGGCUGUAGUUGAUCCUUCUUCAUCUAUGCAUGAUAAUGGUGUGGAAAGUGAACUUCUUCGUAAUAAUGAGUACAACUCAACAAAUAUAAUUACGCCUUCUUUGCCCUCACCAACUACUCCAAGUAGAAGAAAUGACUUCACUCCCGACGCCGCCAAUUUUGGGUUCCAAUCAGAAUGUGCAGAAACAACUGAAGGGGCUGGAACGUUGCCCAUGUCAGAUAUUGGAGCAUCUACUGGCACCUUUUAUUCUGACAUGGAAACUCCAAAGACAUUCAAUGGGGAGCAUUCAGCACUUUCUGAUAUUCCUGAACUUGUAACUUCUGCUGGAGAGCUUGGUUUCUUAGAACAAGAUGAUCAUUCGCCAGCUGGAUCUCAAGGAACCCCAGAAGCUGGGUUUUUCUCAAAAAAUCAGGGGACUCCUGAAGUGCACACCUUGUCUUCUCGAACAAGAGCUUUGGCUCAAUAUUUAAAAAGCCAGGCCGCAGUAACUCCCGUCUCUGGCAACUCAGAAGAGUCUUCUGGAGAUCUCAGUUUGCUCAAGAUUUUGGAAGGCAAACCGAGAAAAAUAUGUGCUCGAAUGUUUUCUGAGACCUUGGUUCUUAAGAAUUAUGGACUCGCUAAAAGUACUCGGCAGUUCUUUAUUUAUAUAGGUCCACCUCCAUCUCGUUCAGCAGAAGCACAUCAUCGAAGUCUCCGAGCUUUUUGUAUAUUGCAACUCUGGCUUAAUCUGAAGAAACUGGAGCGUGUUUUGCAUCAAUACAAAGUGAAGUUAACUUAUUUAUAA